ACCUAAAUCUCGUUUUUCACUUUUUCACACCUAAAACCUCGCCGGUGAAAUAACUCCCGGCCGGCCGCCGGCGAGGAUAAAACCUCCGAUUUCAACCAUUUUCACUUUUCACAAUUUCUUCUUCAUCUCCAUCUUCUUCGUUACCCUAAUUAUGGCCUCAGUUUCAUUCUUCUCAUUUCCACCGCCUCUUAAACCCCUCCGAAUUCCCAACCCAGUUUCGUCGUCGGCAAGUAACCGCUCUUUCUCAAUCUCAUCCACCGUGAAUCGUAUAGCAAAAUACUCUAUUGGGUGUUCAUCAUUCUCGGCGUUAGCCUGUUCGACGUCGUCAUAUCCGUUCAUCGGAAAAGUAGGAUUGCAGAAGAGAGAAGGUAAUUUCUCGUUACUUCGAUUCGGUAUAAACCCUAGAAACUCAUCGGAAAUGGUAGAAAACAAUGAUUCUUCUCAGAUUUUAUCAGCAAUGCUUCCAUUGUCUGUUACACUCACGGCUGUUGCCGCGCUAACUAAGCCUUCAACAUUCACUUGGGUAUCAAAGGAAUUAUACGCCCCUGCUUUAGGAGGAAUCAUGUUAUCAAUUGGAAUCAAACUCUCCAUUGAUGAUUUCGCUCUUGCAUUCAAAAGGCCAAUUCCCCUAUCUGUUGGAUUCAUUGCGCAAUAUGUGCUUAAACCGUCACUCGGGGUAUUAGUAGCAAGGGCAUUCAGAAUGUCUUCGAUUUUUCAUGCCGGUUUUAUCCUAAUGUCGUGUGUAUCAGGAGCCCAAUUAUCUAGUUACGCUAGUUUCUUGAGUAAAUCAGAUGUCGCCUUAAGCAUUCUCUUGACAAGUUCAACUACAAUCGCAUCUGUUAUCGUCACCCCUAUAUUAACUGGCCUUCUCAUAGGAUCUGUUGUUCCUGUCGAUGCCAUAGCCAUGUCAAAGUCCAUUCUACAGGUUGUUCUUGUUCCUGUGACACUCGGACUAGUGCUCAACAGUUAUGCUAAACCAAUUGUGAAUGUGAUUCGGCCUGUUAUGCCAUUGGUGGCCAUAGUUUGCACGUCUUUAUGUAUUGGAAGUCCGUUGGCUAUUAAUAGGAGUCAAAUCGUUUCUCAAGAGGGUUUGAAAUUGGUUUGUCCUGUUCUUGUCUUUCAUGCUGUCUCGUUUAUACUUGGCUAUUGGAUUUCUAAAGCUCAUCCAUUAAUAAGAGAAGAAGAAGAAGUUAGCAGGACAAUAUCUUUAUGCACGGGAAUGCAAAGUUCGACAUUGGCGGGGCUUCUUGCUAGCCAAUUCCUCGGGAGUAGUCAUGCGGUUCCUCCAGCUUGUUCGGUCGUGGUCAUGGCUAUAAUGGGUCUUUGUUUAGCUUCUUUUUGGGGUGGCGGUUUUAGAAUAAGAGAUUUACCCUCUUAUUUGAUACAAUAAUUUCUUCAAUUGAAAACAAUUGAAGACACUAAAGGUGAGAUCUUUACUAGCAUGGUUGCAUAUAUUGUCUGUAUAGUAAGUAGUUGUAGGACAAUUUCAAUACACACAUAACAAACAAUAUACAAUAUAGUUUAUACACACAGAAAUGAUGACUUUUAAU